AUCGGUGUAGGUAUGACUCGAGACUCGUCAACACUGAUGGUGGGACAGUACUUCAAGAGACGCCGUGAGUUCGUAGAAAUCAUCGUUGUGAGCGGAAGCGGACUGGGAAUCUCCGUCAUGUCAGUCUUCAUCCGCGGAGCGAUCGAGUCUUUUGGGUGGCGUCUUGGGCUGCAGGCGGUGACGGGGGUGGUCUUCCUGACCUUCCUGAUGGGAACUUUCUACCGCUCAGCCUCCCUGUACCACCCUCAGCGUCGGGCCAUCCUCCAUCUCAAGAACCAGAAGAGGAAAGUAAAGGAGAAGAACCGGCAGGACGACAAGCCGCCUUUCUUCGAUGUGGCCACCCUCAAGAGCCGUACCGUCCAAAUUCUCCUCGUCUCCAUAGGACUCUCUUCCUUCGGCAUCACUACACCUAUAAUAUAUAUGGCGCACCAAGCACAGAAGGAGGGCCUGGGAGAGGUGUCAGUCUUGCUGCUACAGACGUACCUGGGACUGGGUUGGGUCAUCGGGUGCUGCGCCUUCGGCUUCGUGGUGCUGCAGAAGAACACAGAAUGUCGUGUGGGACGCCAGUACCUCUGUCAGGCGUCAAUGUUCCUGUGUGGCGUCUGCACUCUCGCCUUCACCGCUGUCGAAGCAGGUUACCACGGGUAUGUCCUCUUUGCCUGGCUCUACGGCAUCUUCUGUGGUGGGUUCCACUACUCCCUCAAGAUGUACACCUACGAAAAGGUGCGAGCACGCAACUUUGCGCGGACAUGGGGCUUUGUGCAGUGCUCCCAGGCCAUCCCCACUGCCAUAGGUGUCCCUAUUACAGGUUACAUCAACAUAGGCUAUGGAGACAAGGCUGGCUAUUAUUUCUCCUCCACCUUCGUCAUCUUUGGCUCCAUGACCAUCUUCCUCAUCGACAUACACAGGAGGAAUGCAGCCAAACACAAGCACACCAACAAAUCUGGUGAUAACCACACGUGUGUGAAGGAGACUUGCCCAGAGAGUCGAAGGAGGGACUCCCUGGCUCACCUAACCCGUGAACCAUUCAAAACACACACACCAUCCCUGGCACUUCUCCAACAGAGAUCCUUUGCCUAUGAUGCCCCAGAGCAAAGGAAUAAGCCUGAACUUACGUGUAUUUCUGAGGAGGGCAUAGCCGACAUGGAUAUUCCUGACCACCUCCUUGAUGACCUGGAAUACCUCGGAGAUUGCAUCACCUCCUGCGACAAAGUAGAAAAUUAUCUCAUGUUAAGUGAAUAUGAAAAUAAUCUAGUGAAAACAAAUGAAAUACCCUACUUAAUGGAUAAACGAGGGAGGAAACGUCUAAUGUCCCUAACAAAACAAAAUUCUUCAAUUAAUUGUAAGGACUCUCCAAGAAAAGUAGAAAAGUCUGGAGAUAAAGGUGCUGCAGCCUCAUCUGCCAGUCAGGAGGCUUCCAGCAUGAACAACCAAAGGGCACACAUUAGAUCAGGCAACAACCGCAGUAUUACAGUGAUAGAGGAAGCCUCAGUAUGAGAGUGUACUCUUAAUAUUACCUCAUAGUAAGCAGGUAGCCUUCUUGGCACAUGACUUGUGAUUCCUCUCACCAUUGGCAUUUAUUAGUGUAAGCUGUUGCUUACUACAUAGUAUGGUGAAAAAAAAAAAAAGUGUUGAUAAAUGUAAUGCAAUAUAUGACAGAUCAUUUCUGUGCAUAAAAAACUAUUGUCUUCCUAAAAUAAAAUUACAUUUUAUAACUGAUGUGACAUUCUGUACAAAGUCACAAAUGGACAAAAAUAUUUAAAUUUCAACUAUAAUGACGACACUCAGUGCAACCACAUAAUAAAUACUUACUAAACAAA